UCUACAGUGGGAUUCGUUCCCGCAGGGAGGCUUUCCCCGGAGGCACUGAUUCUUUCUCCUUCCGGCAAGCUCGGACCGGAAGCGCAGUGUCGGGGCUGCGGGCUUGCCGGCGCCUGGUCCUUUCCCGGUGGCAGCUGGGGCGUGGUCGCUGCGUGCCGGGCUCACGCGCGCCAGCGAUGGAGGGGCAGCGGGUGGAGGUGGACGGCGGGAUCAUGGAAGGGGGCGGCCAGAUCCUCAGGGUCUCCACCGCCCUGAGCUGCCUCCUGGGCCUCCCCUUGCGCGUGCAGAAGAUCCGAGCGGGCCGCAGCACGCCGGGCCUCAGGCCUCAGCAUUUAUCUGGACUGGAAAUGGUUCGCGAUUUGUGUGAUGGGCACUUGGAGGGGGCAGAAAUCGGCUCAACAGAGAUAACCUUCACACCGGAGAAGAUCAGAGGUGGAAUCCACACGGCGGAUACGAAGACAGCGGGGAGUGUGUGCCUCUUGAUGCAGGUUUCAAUGCCUUGUGUUCUGUUCGCUGCUUCUCCAUCGGAACUUCGUUUGAAAGGCGGAACUAAUGCUGAGAUGGCCCCACAGAUCGAUUACACCACGAUGGUUUUCAAGCCAAUCGUUGAGAAAUUCGGUUUCAAGUUUAAUUGUGACGUUAAAAUGAGGGGCUAUUACCCAAAAGGGGGCGGCGAAGUGGUUGUCCGAAUGUCACCAGUUAAACAGUUGGACCCAAUAAAUCUGACUGAUCGUGGCUCUGUGACCAAGAUUUAUGGGAGAGCUUUCGUUGCUGGAGUUUUGCCACUAAAAGUAGCAAAAGACAUGGCGGCGGCAGCCGUGCGCUGCAUCAGAAAGGAGAUCAGGGAUCUCUACGUCAACAUCCAGCCUCUGCAGGAGCCCAGGGACCAAGCCUUUGGCAACGGGAGUGGAAUCAUCAUUGUUGCUGAGACAUCCACCGGCUGCUUGUUUGCUGGAUCAUCGCUUGGCAAACGAGGUGUGAAUGCAGACAAGGUUGGAAUAGAAGCUGCUGAAAUGCUAUUAGCAAAUCUUAGACAUGGUGGCACUGUGGACGAGUAUCUGCAAGACCAGCUGAUUAUUUUCAUGGCACUAGCCAAUGGAAUUUCCAGAAUAAAAACAGGACCAGUCACACUCCACACACAGACUGCUAUACAUUUUGCUGAACAACUGGCAAAGGCCAGAUUUACUGUGAAGAAAUCAGAAGAGGAAGAUGAUGGCUCUAAAGAUACUUACAUCAUCGAGUGUGAAGGGAUCGGGAUGACAAACCCACAUCUCUAGGGUAUUUACUCCCUGUUGCACUAACUGAUUUAUACAUGCUGUAACACAGAGCCUACGAAGGAAAAUACUGCAGGGCUUGGCUGACUUUGAGGAUGAAGUGCGCUUCCUUGUGGUCGGCGCAACUUGAAUAUCUUCUGAGAUGUAAACAGUAAAAGACAAAACUUGCUAAAUAUGAUAGUAAAUUUCAAUAUUAAAGUAUUGAAAUCAAAUGCUGUUUAUACCCCAAA